AUGAUUGCUUCCCUCGGAAAACCGGGGGAAGAGAUUCCGUACGAAAAUCGCAAGAAUUUGGCUCCUGGUUUGAAAGGUUAUUAUGUUCAUAGACUUUUAGUAAAUGCUGUAGCAAUGUGGGCUUGGCCCCGUUAUGCUUGUUAUAUUUUCAUGAUGUUAGAUGAACUAUAUAAAGCAGAACGUGGAGAGAUGGAAAAGAAACUUCAUGCAAAAGAUGAAGUCAUUGAAUCCAAAGACAAAAGCAUACAGAAAAGAAUACCGCGUUCAGUACCAAAAGGAAAGGAAAAGAACUAUAAGUAUAUGAUUUAUACUGAAGAGAUGGAAAAUGAAGAAGAUAAAGAUAUGGUUAUGUUGCAUUUAGUCAGAAGAAACAACAAAAGCUUUUACGACCUUGCUAAGAUAUAUAAAUCUGACAGAAACUGGUUCUAUCGUGAAAACUUACCGAUUUCAAUGACACCGAAUGAGCAAAUAAAGGAAAUUGUCAAAAAUACUCUUCCUCAAACACACUAUGACAUCAAAGGUUGCACAAUACUUACAUUCAAAGAAGACUUAACAUUACUGAAGGAAAAAAUAACAGAAUAUUUCGAUAACUUCAAAGAGGAAGAAUGA